AUGCAACAUGGCAUUUCACUUGGCAAGACUCAGUGUCCUUCGACACCUGAUGAGGUCAAGCGCAUGAGUAAUGUUCCUUAUGCCUCUGCAGUAGGGUCCAUUAUGUAUGCCAUGGUAUGCACUCGACCGGAUGUUGCAUAUGCUUUGAGUAUGUGCAGCAGAUACCAGUCAAACCCAGGAGAGGCGCACUGGAUGGCAGCAAAGAAUAUCCUUAAGUACUUAAGAAGGACUAAGGAUGAUUUCUUGGUCUAUGGUGGAGAUAAUGAGUUGGUUGCCACUGGAUACACCGAUGCAAGCUUCCAAAGUGACAAAGAUGAUUUCCGAUCACAAUCUGGUUUCAUAUUUUGUCUCAAUGGAGGGGCUGUGAGCUGGAAGAGUUCUAAGCAGAGUACCAUCGCAGAUUCUACAACAGAGGCUGAGUAUAUUGCAGCAAGUGAUGCAGCAAAAGAAGCUGUUUGGAUCAAAAAGUUCAUUAGUGAACUUGGUGUAGUUCCUAGCAUUGAAAAUGGCAUUGAGUUGUAUUGUGACAACAAUGGUGCCAUUUCCCAGUCCAAGGAACCCAGAUCGCACCAAAAAUCCAAACAUGUGCUCAGGAGAUUCCAUCUUAUUCGAGAGAUCGUUGAAAGAGGGGAUGUGAAAGUAAGCAAGGUUCAUACUGAGGAUAACGUGGCUGAUCCUCUGACUAAACCGCUUGCUCAACCUAAGCAUGAGAGUCAUACUAGGUCUAUGGGGCUUAGGCAUAUGGGAGAAUGGCUUUAG